GCCUAUAAAAUCAAUACACGACCGUUUCUUUUUGACCCUUCUGCAGCUGAGUCCAAUUUUGCAAUCCCUAAGAUCUCAAUUUCUGUUACAGUUAAACUCUCUCCCAGGUGCUCAUCGCAGAGCUGAUCUCUCUCUACCACUGAGUCACAGCCAUGGACGAAUCGUUCGAGUUCGACGGCAAGGUCCCUCCUUCCUUCGAUCGCAUGGAUGCCGAAGCCAAAGGGUUAAACCCAGGAUUGAUAGUUCUGCUUAUUGUUGGCGGGCUGUUGUUGACAUUCCUGGUUGGAAAUUAUGUACUUUACCUGUAUGCACAAAAAACCCUUCCUCCAAGGAAAAAGAAGCCAGUCUCCAAGAAGAAGAUGAAGAAGGAGAAACUGAAGCAAGGUGUCUCUGCACCUGGAGAGUAGAAACUUAAGACGUGCCUUCUCUUGUUCCUCUCAAAUCUCAAUGUUGAACUCUUUUGUUCAGAAAUUUUCCUUUGGUGUUGAGAGUGUGUGCUAGUUACUUUCAUUCUUCCCCCAUAAUACUUGUUGGAUAUUUAUAAGUUUCUAAUUAGAAUUAACCCUUUGGGUAGACUUAAGAAUUUAGAAUGCCUUCUUUGUUUACUA